GAUUCAAAACAUCGGCUUCUUCUAUCCGCUAAACGAUCAAUAGCUGGAAUCAUCGGGCAGAAAUCAAUUGAAAAUUUUGAUCUGUAUAUAUCGAAUUCGAUCAUCCCCAGAUUGUUUGUGAUUGAGAAAAAUGGAGCCUCCAUCUUUUCAAGAAGCUCCGCGCUGUGACGUCUGCAAAUGCAGCUUCAACGCUUUCCGGCGACGGCAUCAUUGCCGAUCCUGUGGGCGGACAUUGUGCCACGAACAUUCAUCAAGCCAAAUGGCUCUACCUCAGUUUGGCCUUUACUCACCGGUUAGAGUUUGCAGUGAUUGUUUUAACGGCUCCUCUCGAUCUGCCAUAGGUGAUGUACAAGCUUCUUCAGAUGGAACUGAUUCUAUAACAGCUUCAGUUUCUACAUUGGAUAUAGGUGGAGAUGCAGAUCCAAAGACUAAACCAACUAUGCAGUCUCAGCCUGCUUCAGCAGUUUUAGAGUGUAAGUGCAGAAUGCCCUUGUGUAUUUGUGAAGCUCCAGCCCCAUCUGUGGAUGCAGCUCCUAUACAGAUCAAAACCACAUCCACUCCGCUCCCCCAGUCUCCAAAAGCAAAGAAAACAGAAACCGUUGUAAAAAGCAAACCUUCUACUUCAAACAGCAAGCAUGGAUCUGUUUUCAAUCUUGGUCAAGCGAACAAUGGAAUUUCUGAGAAAAAGAUAGAUUACGAAGUCAAUGGAGAGGGUAUGAGAGAAGCUAUAAAGAAUGGUGAUAUUGAUGCUGUGAAAAAGCUUCUGAGUGAGGGUGUUAAUUCUAAUUACCACGACAGGCAAGGACUUUCUUUGCUACAUUUAGCAGCAGUCUUCAACCAAACUGAGAUAGUUUUUGCCCUCAUGGACUCUGGAGCAAGCCUGGACUACAAAAAUGCACAGGGUGAAACACCACUGGAUUGUGCUCCUGUUACCUUGCAAUACAAGAUGCGAGAGAAAAUGGAACAAGAUAAAGGAGUGUGAGAACUGUGGCUUGCUUUAUGUCAUCCGAGAGAGUGAUUACAAACAUUUAAGCUACGUGUGCAUGUCGACCAUUUGUUUCAACUGGAGAGUAUUGUUGACAGACUGUCUGUUAUAUGAUAAGCAUUGGCAAAGGAAGCAGGCUAGAGUUUCUUACAUUACAAGGCAACAGGAGCCGAAACUUUACGCCAUCCGAUUGUGAAAGAAACAUCUUGCUAAAACUUCCUCAUCUGAAUCUGGUUGUAAUGGGCAACUUGAAUAUAAGAUGUGAAAGUGAAAAAAAGGGGAUCAGCGUCACCCUAUCCUGGACCUUUAUGCAAAUCUUGAAUAAAUUUUGGUACUGGUGUUUGGUUAAAGCUGAUAGACUAUUCGAGCAUCAUGACCUUUAGUAGUCUAACUUUUGUGACUGUCAGCAAUAAAGCAACAGUCAGAAGUGGGGUGCAUUCUUAUCAUAACUUGCAGAGAGAAGUUGUGGGAAAAUUUGGAAGGGUUGUAGUACCAAGUUCGGUGGGAUAUGACUAGGAUUGGCCUCAUGCUGGUAAUAAAUUCAUGGCAUGUGAGUCAUGCUGUUACUUCCUUUUAGGCAUGAGUCAUGGUCAAGUUACUCAAGUAUGUUAUAUUUGCCAACUUUGGCUUAGCUAUGGAUUUAGAUUAUAGGUAGUGUUGGUGUGCUAGAAUGGCCACUUGGUGUGGUGACUUGUUAAGAACAAAAAAAAAAACAAGGAAAAGAAGAUGCACAAUUUAUG